AUGAUCUCCCAGCUCUUCGUCGCAGUCUACCUCGCGCUCUUCGCGGCAGCCACGCCGCUGACUGUUCGUAAGAGCCCUGUGACGAUCUCGCUUUCCCGGCACUUCAACACAACCGGGUCCAAGACGAUUCUGGAGUUCGACCAAGCGAGAGCAAAGUUCCUCAAGCAGAGUGCCGCACAGAAAGGCUCUGUAUCAGCAUCCUCCGAUGCCAACGUUUCCGUUCCGGUCACGAACGGAAUGGUCUCUUAUACCGCGGCGGUUGAUGUCGGUAGCCCUCCGACUACAUUCAACCUUAUCGUAGACACUGGUAGUUCCAACACCUGGGUUGGCGCGGAUCCCAACAAGCCUUACACGCCGACAUCUACCUCUCAAGAUACCGGCGAACAUGUGCUUGUUUUAUACGGCUCUGGCCUCUUUUUUGGCGAAGAGUUCAUCGACCAAGUGAGCCUCAGCGAAAGCUUGACAAUUCAACAGCAAUCUAUCGGUGGUUCCGAGCUUACCGAAGGCUUUAGUGGAGUAGACGGCAUCCUAGGCAUCGGACCUACCGACCUUACCGAAAACACUACCAUGGACGGUGGGACGGUGCCUACAGUCUUGGACAAUGCGUUCUCCUUGGGUCUUCUAGACUCAAAAGAGAUAGGUAUCUCUUUCGAGCCGACGACUACCGUUUCAAGUACGAACGGAGAGCUCACAUUCGGUGGCAUCGAUUCGAGCAAGUUCACUGGUGACCUUCUCUUUGUACCUAUCACUUCCACUUCGCCUGCUAAUGAAUUUGUGGGCAUCGACCAGUCCGUCGCAUACGGGUCCACAACCAUACUCAGUGAGACCGCCGGUAUCGUUGACACUGGUACCGCCCUUCUUCUCCUGGCCUCCGACGCCAUUGCUACCUACCAGAAUCUCACGGGUGCAGUGCCCGACGAGAAUACGGGCCUGUUGACUCUCACUGCUACGCAAUUCGCCAGCUUGGAGAGCUUGUUCUUUAAUAUCGGCAAUACUACCUUCGAAUUCACCCCGAACGCGCAACUCUGGCCUCGUUCCUUGAACACUGCCAUCGGCGGCAACGCGGACAGUAUCUACCUUAUCGUCGGUGAUAUUGGCUCGGAAUCCGGCGAAGGCUUCGACUUCAUCAACGGCCAGACCUGGUUAGAGAGGUUCUACUUCGUCUUCGAUGCUGGUAACUCUCGGGCGGGAUUCGCAACAACGGAGUUCACCGAUGCUACCACCAACUGA